AUGCUAGUGCUGAUGAUCACAGAUCUCUUCGGAGAAGCAUCUGGAUUGUGUCUAAACCGUGGCAAAACAAUAGCCAUCGCGCUUCACAGAGACGGUCUUACAUCAGAUACAACUUGGGUAUGGCCCAUACAACUCCAAGGUGUUACUCAAAGAUGCAGAUACUUAGGGAUCCAAGUAGGCAGCCGCCCCGAUGUGAUGGCGAUGUGGCACCUUGCAGGGAAACAACUCCAAGUCCGCCUGCACCUCGCAAGCCAAAAACUUCUGUCGACAGAUCAAAGAUCAAGGGUGGCAGCAGCGGUGAUCAUCCCUAAGUUACUCUUUAUAGCUCGUCAUGCCUGGCCAACCACGGAGAUUGUCGCUCUGUUUACCGAUCGCAUUGCGGCUUUUAUAUGGGGCGGCACUUUUGACGAACCUGAAUCCCUAAAAGCAUGGCUUGCGCGCGAUGCAACACGCCUACCUCGGCGGGAAGGAGGAUUGGCAGCCCCAGAUCUCAAGGCAGAACUUCUAGCAAUGGCUGCCACGACUGUAACUCGAUGGGCGACGACAUCCACCACCACAGAGCUUGUUGUUGGAGACAUGCUGGCACCACGACUCGCUAUGGAUCAACCACCCCCAGUCUAUAUCACUCCGGGUCAUAGCCCCAGACCGGUUGACGGCUUUCGCGAGACACAAUCUCUAUGGUCUGCUGGGAUCAUGAUGAUUCGGGCGGCCGGAAGUGCACCACCAGCAGAUGGACAUGGCGCUUUAGUAGCGGAAGUGUACGCGUCAGUGCACUCAUUGGUGCAAACAAGGUUGAAAUGGAAUGGCAACACAGCGGAAAUUAUGAUCCCGGUCGCGUUUCGAGAGAAAACGGCAGCAUUGAGGGAUUUUUUCCACCAUCAUUAUGGCAUCUUCCGAAGCGAGUGGCUUCCCUACGCUGAACUGGAUCGUCUCCCAAUGUACGAUGCCACAGGCUCCCGAUGUCACAUCGGAGAGGCUUUCCCCGGAAUGACCUGGGACGGACAACAAAUCCAAAAACUCUUAACCUGGACUCACCAUUCGUGGGGAUUAACCAUCAGAUCGCGGCAACACAGCAACGAAAGCGCAUUACAGCACUUAGUUGUGUUGCUGCUUGCAAAUUACCCCACUCUCAUGCUGCGAGAUAGGUAUGAGACCGAACUACGGCUGUCCGCAGAUCCGGUAGACCACCCGAUCCACGCCAAGGUAUCCUCACUUGCUGAUGAAGAUACAGUGCGGCAGCUCACAAUAGAGGUCUCUGCACAGGAAGCAGCUUACGAAACCACUAUUGCGAGUAGGCACGCAGCUCUCCGGGAGAUCACUGCCUAUGCAGGGGAGGAGGUCAGGGUCCAUGCGAUACAUCCGCACCCGCUUCUCGAUCGACUUGUGUGUCUAUGGGCUGGAAAACGGAGAUGGAAACAACCCCGGCACGUAUACAAAACCGCAUCUCAAUUGGCUGCCCGAGCCCGAGGAACGCGAAAUAUCGAACGCCGAAUGCAGGACUGGAAAGCUGAGGAUGAGGACAUAUAUCGGUCCAUCUCCAGCUUCAGCUGGUUGGAACUCCGGCGCAUAACUGGAUCAUCUGUCUGGGGAGAGCAAGUACUCCAUCGCCUCAAACUGCGUGCAUUCCGUCAAUGGGACCCAACUACGGGUCAACCUGGCUGUCCAAUUGAAGAGUGUCAUACCUUUGUACCAGGGCUUGUGCACCUCUUUUGGAAAUGCCCUGCGGCAUCAACGCUUUGGAACACAUUUCAUGAAGCAUGGCGGAUACAAGGUCUGAUGGUUAACGAGCUCUCGAAGUUCACUAUUGACCUACCCAACGUGCCAACAGAGAUGUGGACUCGACUCGAUCGCGCGUACGCAAACGUGACACAACAGGAGCGCAAUGCAAUUGCAGCUGAGAUAUAUGACGUGAUCAAUGCGUUCUGGAGGAUCGGAACAGUGACAACGCUACAGGCGAUUUGGCGCCGUAGAUGCUCUUACUGGACCUCAGCGGGUAUCAUCACUGCCGAUGUAGCACCUGCAAUUCUGCGUGGACGACUUACUAAUGGAUAUGCCACUGUUCGACACCAUCUCUUUGAGCAAACGGACAAUUUAGCCUGCAAACGUGCUAUCAUGCUGGUCUCAGGUGCACUAGCAACAGAUAGCAACUAUCCAACCCAGACGGUGCCACGGACACUGUCCUCUCUGAAUAGAACUUGCACGCACGUGCUAUUCUUCGAUGGAGGUUCACGAGGCAACCCGGGCCCGGGAGGCUCCGGAACGGCUCUAGUAGAAGUGAACCUGGAGACCCGGUCAACAUGCAUUAAAUGGCUGGCCAGUGUCUCUUAUGCAGCGCGGAGCACAACUAACAAUGUUGCGGAAUACUGCGGACUAUUGACGGGGCUUCGCUAUGCUCACAGAGCUCACAUCAGCAACAUACAUGUAGUUGGAGACAGCAAGCUCAUUCUCAACCAAGUCUCUCGUCGAUCCCCACCCAGGGCCGCACACCUCAAGGGACUCUACGCACAAUGCCGGAUGCUAGCCGAUCAAGUUGCAGUGAGCACCUGGACGCAUCAUCUACGCAGAUUCAACAAAAUGGCAGACGGACUUGCGAACAUUGCCAUGGACAGGAAAACUAGUACGCAGAUAUUUCCAAGCGACAUAACGUUCCUAAAGGAACCAUGGACAACAGUGAGCGAUUCUCUCCAAGGGGACAUCGAACACUGGUUUGACCUGAAAGAGGGUGCAGGGACCCUUAAUCCCAACGAAGGCGUUCCUUAA